GAGUACAUCAGCUGGAAAGAAAAGUGCUCAGAGUACCUCAGAAAGUGUUCAAAAAGUCCAGCAGGGUACCAGUCUUGAUUUGACUGACCUUGAGGCUCGAGAACCAAAGAGUCAUACAAAAUAUAAUAGCUUCUUCAUCAAAGCCUAUAGCAGCUGCUAAUAUUAUGACACAGCCAGUCACCAGUACAACUCCAACUAAACCUGUAGCCAGUCCAAGCCAGAUUGAAGCUCAGGCUAAUAGAAAUGACAUAUUAAUGUCACAGUCUGCAGCUGGUUUCCCAGGAAUGCUUGGAACCCAGUCUACAACAGGAAGUUUACCAGGAAUGCUUGGAGCCCAGUCCACAACAGGAAGUUUACCAGCAGGAAUGUUUGGGACCCAGUCCACCACAGGAAGUUUACCAGGAAUGCUUGGAACCCAGUCUACCACAAGUUUACCAGCAGGAAUGUUUGGAAACCAGUCCACCACAGGAAGUUUACCAGGAAUGCUUGGAGACCAGUCUGCAGCAGGAAGUUUACCAGGAAUGAUUGGAGCUCAGAACAUGUUGCUUUUACAACAGCAGCAGAGAAUGUUUAACCCUUUGUUUAUGACCCAGACUGGUCUCCCAAAUACCGGUAUGGGGGACAUGGCCAACUCUUUCAUGGCUAAUAAUCUGGCACUUGGAGCUGGACUGAAUCCCAACUUACAGGCAGGACAAAUACCUCAACUUAAUCCACUUUUAUUUCAACAAUUACAAGCUAGUCAUGCAAAUAUGGCUGGAGUAGGGAACAUGAAUCCAUUAGGGACAUUCCCAUCUCUAGGACGGGGUCAGCCAAUAAACCCGUCUGCUGCAGGGUUAGUUCCAGGAAUGUUACCACUUCUCCAGCACUUAUCAGCUGGUAGGGCAGGCAGAGGUUCAAGCCAGUGUAAUAACCAAUAACCCAGCAAUUGUGUAGUGAGAUUAUUGUUUUUAAUUUCAAUUUUAGGGCAUUCAAUUCUAAUUUAACUUCCAUGGAAGGAAGUCUCAUAUGCAAAUACAAAGUCUUUCUAUGUAAAUAAUUUGUUUGUUUUAUCCCGUUUUGUUGUUGUUUUUAAAAUUAUGUUUAUUUUAUGUAUUUUUUUAUGCUUUAAGCAGACCUCGUGUUACUUUUUAGUUUGAAUUUGUCAGCAGAUUAGUCAAUGUACCAAACAGUAUUUAACCUUAUGUAUAAUUAAUUAAUCGUGUUUAAUUUGCUCUAAAUUUUAAAAUAUUUGUAUAUAUACUUGUGCUGCAUUUAACAUAAAAACCUCUACAUUAAGGUGCUAUACAUGUAUAUAUUUGUAUAUCUGACAGUGCUAUAUGUGGAAAUAUGUUCUUAUAUGCUACUAAUGUUUUAUCUGGGCAAUUAUAACUAACCAAUCGUUCUUUGUAAAAUGAUGAAGUUAAAUUAUUUUUCAUAGAGCCAUGUAUUUUGUACAUAGCAAAAGUUCCAAAUUGUGCUUAAA